AAAAGCAUUUUCAUACCAAAACUGAUUAGCAGACAAAGAACACAAGAGGAGCUUAAAAUCGAAGAAUGGGGAAGAAGAUGGCAGUUUACAAAUUCAUAAAAUUGCAAAGGGGAGAAAAACCAUGUCUGAUGAUUUACUUAGGGUUUCUACAACAAAUUUGAGUAGUCAAUCUGAAACAAGUCAUUACCAACAUGGUAUUCCUGGAAUCCCUACUGAUGGUAAAGUUGUUCUACUUAAAAACUCCAGCAAUGGGGCUCUAAUCUAUCUUGUUGGAACUAAUCAUCAUUCUGUUAAAAAGGUGAUCGAUAAUGUAAAGCCUGAUGUAGUUCCGAAUUUCUAUUUGCAGAUUGAGCAGUGCGAGAAACGUGCCAGGAGCCUCAUGAAAUUGAAACCUAAACAUGCUACACUGUACAAGUUGUUCCGCUUUUCCAUGAGAACUCCAGGUGGACUGGGCGUGAAGCUUGGAAUGUUUUUAACAAAUUGUCAGUUGCGCCGGUUGUUCGCACAUGGUAUAUUUCCAGGCCUGGAUUUCAAGGUUGCAAUGGAAGAAUCUUCUAGAGUGGGAGCAAGAUGUUUCUACAUAGAUCAAGAUAUCGAUGUUAUCGAUCAACAAUCACCUAAAUCUUCCCUUUUCGACUUGCUUAUGGAAACAUUUUGUACCAAAGCUAGGGGUGAAGUUGAAUAUACAAGAUCCUAUGCGCAUGAAAUGUAUAGCCUUCAUAAAAAACUUUUUCCUGAUAGGUAUAAGGUGAUAAUUGAAGGCAGAGACAAGUUUAUGUUUACAAAUCUUAGAAGUUUUCAAGGAAAAAUUGUGGCAGUGAUUGGGUUGUCUCACAUGGAUGGAAUUGAACUAUUGUGGAAGCUUGCGGAGGAGGGUGACAAAAGCAACGUCCGUUAAAUCUGAAUUGAGGGUUGGCCAUGAACAUUCAGAGUAAGGCGGAGAACAUUCAGAGUCUGUACCCUAUGUUGCUUCAGAUUGGGAUUUCGUAGAACUUUUUGAACUUAUUUGGUCAGUUAGCACAUUAGACAAUGUGUAUUUGCUCUUUUUGUAUUGACAGAGUUCUAACUGUCACAACCCAAAAUGAUAUGAUCAACAAUGGAACUCUUGAUAACUCUUGUUUUUAUUUGUGGGCGUAAUAGAAGUUUAGUUAUCGUUUGAUCGCCAAGCAAUCA